GAAACUAGAAAUACUGCUCAUGUGUGUCAUUGCGACAGACUGUGUCCUCUUUUCAGAGACUGCUGCUACGACUACUGGACAAGCUGUAACGUGACAACAAAACCAUUCAAUAUUUCUCAACAAGAAAAGUGGGGUUGUGUGAACUCCAAGUUUAGACAAGCAAAAAAUAACCUGAGCAUUGGAAACAUUGCAUACAUGAUGAUAAAUCGCUGCCCGGCAACAAACAUAUUAACCAAUCAGAGGGCGAGAAGUUGCAUCACACCUGACGGCGACCCUACGAACCUAACCGAACGUCUUCCGGUGACAGGCGAAGAUGGAAAGACUUACAGAAAUGAGUAUUGUGCACGAUGUCAUGGAAUUACCAACGUCACACACUGGGGUUUAAUGGUUGCGUGUUUCAAUAACGUAACUAACGGGACUAAUCUUACACUUGAGAACUCUUAUUUACGAGAUAAUUGUACCUGGUAUUUAUCGCCAAAGAAUAAAAGCGCUACGUCACCAAUUCCUUGUGUUCUGUCAACUUUAUGCGAGUCUUUGGUAAGCACUGCAGAGAACUCCCAAUACAAUGAUCUUAUCAACAAAUGUAAAGUGUAUUCCCAACGGGUCAUAGCAGACAAUGUUUUAUACAAAAAUUUUCAUUGUGCCUCGUGUAACGGAAAAGACGCCAAAGUAUUCCAAAAGCCUGCAAUAAAUAUUAUUAGAAGACCUUCGUUGUCUCUCUUUUUCGACUACAAAUCACUUUCAAAAAGGUCUGAAGGUGAGCAAGAUGAAGACACGAUACCUGGGGAGAGUUUGGAUGAAGUCAUUCAAAGUUACGUCACAGUCAUUGGUCUCUCUUUAUCAAUCACGUGUCUACUGGCUGUUGUAAUGACAUACGUUCGAUUUCCAACGUUGAGAACAAUCCCUGGCCUCGUCUUGCUCGCGUUGUCACUAUCGUUGCUGGCAUAUCAAGCUCUCCUAUUGGCUAGUCCAUAUAUCACGUCAGGAACUCCAGGGUGUAAAGCCAUGGCAGUUGCGUUACACUUGAUGAUGAUUUCAUCAUUUGCCUGGAUGACUGUUAUGAGUUACGACGUAUCCAAAACGUUUUCCCGAAAAGGCAAAGCUUCUGGUGGAAAUUCAAGUCGCUCUGGUUUUCGCCGUUACGUCAUAUUCUCCUCGUCCAUUUCAAGUGGCAUAGUAACGUUGACGUUUAUUCUGGGGGAAACUGAAGCUAUUCAUGUUGGAUAUGGCGAAUCAUCAUCCUGUUGGAUUGGCGAACGACUAUCAUUGAUAUUAUUCUUUUAUGUUCCUGUGGCAAUCAUGCUUGUGUUUAACGCUGUGUCUUUGAUAUGGACUAUCUUCAGUAUUCGUAAUGUCACCAAGUUAACAAAAGGAGUUCAAAAAUCUGUUAAAUCCGACACACGAGGUCAAAAUGUGAAGAUUUACGGGAAGCUAUCAACAGUGAUGGGCGUGACUUGGAUCUUAGGAUUUGGUGCUGCACAUAACACAGUUGUCGCAUAUCUUUAUGUUAUUGUGAACAGUUUACAAGGUGUCUUCAUCUUUGUGACUUUCGUCUUAAACAAGAGAACGAUGAAUAUGUGGCGUAAAAAGACAUCUACUCGCGGUGGUCACAGCACCACCACCGAACGAAAAACCAGGUUAUCAAAGGCAACAGAGUCGUGCGCAUCCACCAUCAAGCUGAGUGGAGCGAGUCAUGACAAUCACCAACAAAAGAAAACUGGUUUUACUAACCCCCAACAAUCUUCGUUUAAACUUUAAAUAAAAAAUACAGAAAAUAGGAAUCACAUUGGGACUUAGGGGAGCUCUGUAGAAUAAUGCUGAUAAUAGACUUGAAUAAGGUCGCCUAAACUAGUAUCGACCUGUUUUGCAACUGACAUAUUUCGAGAACACUCGAUUAUCCAUAUAUUAACUAUCUGAUAAUUAAUCACCACAAAAGCGAGAUGAAUAACGUUGAAUGAAACCAGAGACGUAGUGUCGAGGUUUUUACUCAGUGAUAUUUAUCCACGCUUUCGGUGAAUAAUUGUUUUUGUAUAAUCAUACAAAGGUGAUUAUUUGUGAAAACCAAUCUGCCGUAAAAAUUAGAGUGGACGCCUAGUCAGUUGGCAUCAGCUCUGCAUGUUUUGACGUAGCAAGGCGAGGCAUCCUGAUGUAAAAAUAGCCGAAAUUUCCCCUAAAUGGUGUUAAAUAUUCAGACAACACGCUGUAUUUAAAAAGUUUAGAAGUUCGAAAUUUAAACAAAGCAUUUGCUGGCACAACCAAUUUGAUUUCCACAGAAAAAGAUUCGCGUCUAUUUUAAAAAAUGCGUCUACGUGAUUUUCGUGUCAUAAUACGCUUCGUUACCAAUUCUAUGCACGUGUACUGCUCGAGCAAUCGGUAUCCAUGAAUUUCAAUAAUUAUCAUUUUAAUUAAUA